GAGGAUAAGACCUGAAGCUACAAAUGAAAAUGAAGAGAGAGACAAUGGACUUCUUUCAGAACUUAUUGAUAGUGCAAGGGAAGAUGCAGAUGAGCAUCAAAGGAUGCAUUUGAGAAGCGUGCCGACAACAAAAUCGCUGUUGGAAAUCGAUUUUCAAAAUAGAUCUAAUGAAAGAGUGAUUAAGGAGAAGCAUCAAGAUUUCAAAGAAAAUUGUGAACUAAAAAAAGAAGGAAAAAAUAAAGAAAAUAACAAAGAUUUUUAUGAAAAAAGACCAAGUAGCUUUGAAAAUUCGUUAAUGAGAAAAUUUGGCUCUCCAGAUAUGAGCACAAAAAAUGUAUUAGAGGAGCCAGGGUACUCUAUGCAAAAAUUACCAAUACAACUAGAAGCUCUAGAGAAACAAAUUGAACUUAUAGAAGAGCAUCCUCUUGGACACGCACGUUGUCAGGUUUACAACACUUAUAUAAUUGCAGAAAAUAAAAACAAAUUAGUGAUAGUUGAUCAACAUGCAGCUCAUGAGAGAUUAGUUUAUGAAUAUAUGAAAGAAGUCAUGGAAAAAUCAGCAAUUAAGAGGCAGUCAUUACUUAUUCCCGAGAUGGUAGAAAUUACCAAUCAGGCAGGAAUGGAGAUGAUUGAAAAUUAUAAAGAUAAACUCUCUGAAAUAGGCUUUGACAUUGAGAUAAUCUCAAACUCUAUGGUAUUAAUCAAAGAAAUUCCAGCAAUUUUGAAUGGUAUAGAUAUAAAAGAGGUUAUAACUGAUGUAGCUGACAGGUUGAUAGAAAUGGAAGAUGCUUUACCAAUAGAAGAUAAAAUAAAUAAAAUACUAGCCACAAUAUCUUGCCACAACUCAAUUAGGGCAGGCAGAGAAAUGAAAUUAGAGGAAAUGAAUGCAUUACUAANUGUUGCUCUUUUGCCGGCCAUUUCUCUUACCUUUUUUACCAAAGAGUCAUGUAUUCGUUGUAAUUUUCCAUUAUUGCGCCACCUGAAAUAG